UAGGAGCUUCUCCUCAGGGAGCCUCUGAGAAGCAGACACAGAUAGCAGGAAUUAAGACACUAGUACUCAGUCUUGCUGUGGUAGAAUAUAUAAUAUUUGUAUUUCAUUGUAUAAGUGUUUUAAUUGGAAAAGGGUUAGAUUAACCAUAGUAUCUGGCCGGUGCUUUAGGAUUGGAAACGACAUUGCAGAGUUGUAAAUCGUGCAUGUGAAAAAGAGAAAAGGGAGAGAAUUUGGAUUACAAAGAUUCAGAAGCUACACAGAAUAAACCUGUUAGAGUAUUUCAUUAGUUGGAUUUUUCUGCCUCUCUUUUGGUUGAUAAGAAGAAAAAAAAAGAAGAAACUCAAUCUCAAGGAUACAGAGUUUGCAUUUGCUUCAGAUGCAGAAGAAUCAAUGUAAUGUUUGAUUUACAGAAUGAAAUAAGUAGAAGAAAAGCAGGCAUGAAGAUAUUCUCUUGUUAGUGAUGCUACAUUGUUGGAAACAAAUGCUGGAAAGUAUUGGAGGCUCAGAUUUGGUGUAUGUUGCAUUACUUGUUUAAUCUGAUCAAGAAUUAACUGUUCUGUUACCACUGUGUAGGUAUGUGCUAAGUGACUGAGGAAGCAUGUGGCUAUCUGAAUGCCCAGAGCCUGAAGCACAAAAACAUCUUGAUUUACAUUUGUAUGCUUGUUAAAAGGAACAUUUUCAUAGGAAUUGCUGCAGUCAAGCCAAGGCUCAAAGGUACUGAAAUCCACUUGAGCCAGUAAUUUUGGAAUUCACAGUGGAAAGGAAUCCUAAGAAGUUUCCUUUAUAUAUCACUACAUUGGUAUAUGAUUUGUGAAGAGAAAACAGAAAGGAUUUUUUUUGUCUAUAUUCUUUAACGUGUGCCUUCGGUUUUAAAAAAGGAAACUUUACUUUCUAGUCUAGGAAAUGGCUUUUCUUGUUCGCUGUUAUGCCAAUUGUCUUCAGCCAUGGGCCUCCAAACUUCCAGCAGACCUUAACAAGUUGCACCUUACAGAAAACCCUCAUCCACAGGUGACCCAUGUCCCUUCUAGCCAGUCUGGAUGUAGCAUUGCCAGUGACUCAGGGAGCAGCAGUUUAUCGGAUAUCUACCAGGCUACAGAAAGUGAGAUAGGAGAUGUGGAUUUGACAGGUCUCCCUGAAGCACCUGUUGAUUCUGAAGAUGAAGAAGAGGAAGAUGAAGAUAUUGAUCGAACAGCUGAUCCAUUGCUAGGGAGAGACCUUGUUCGAGAAUGUCUUGAAAAAGAGCCUGCAGAUAAAACUGAUGAUGACAUUGAACAAUUACUGGAAAUUAUGCAUCAGCUCCCUGCCUUUGCAAAUAUGACCAUGUCUGUAAGAAGAGAACUUUGCUCAGUUAUGAUCUUUGAAGUGGUAGACCAAGCUGGAGCUGUCAUUCUUGCAGAUGGGCAAGAACUUGACUCAUGGUAUGUCAUUUUAAAUGGAACUGUAGAAAUCAGUUAUCCAGAUGGGAAAAGUGAAAGUCUUUGUAUGGGAAAUAGUUUUGGAAUUAUUCCUACUCUGGAUAAGCAGUACAUGAAUGGAGUUGUCAGAACCAAAGUAGAUGAUUGUCAGUUUGUAUGUAUAGCUCAGCAGGACUAUUGGAGAAUCUUGAAUCAUGUAGAAAAAAAUACCCAUAAAGUUGAAGAAGAAGGAGAAAUUGUUAUGGUACAAGAACACAGAGAAUUGGAUCGUAGUGGAACUCGAAAAGGGCAUAUUGUCAUCAAGGCAACACCUGAACGACUCAUCAUGCAUUUAAUAGAAGAACAUUCAGUCGUGGAUCCAACUUACAUAGAAGAUUUUCUGUUGACAUAUAGGACGUUUCUUGAAAGCCCCUUAGAAGUUGGGAAUAAGCUAUUAGAAUGGUUCAAACUUGACAGUUUAAGAGACAAGGUCACACGAGUAGUGCUUUUAUGGGUAAAUAAUCAUUUCAAUGAUUUUGAAGGAGACCCUGCUAUGACUGGAUUUCUAGAAGAAUUUGAAAAAAAUCUAGAAGAUACAAAAAUGAAGGGUCAUCUCCGUUUAUUAAAUAUUGCCUGUGCUGCAAAGGCUAAAUGGAGGCAAAUUAUUUUGCAGAAGACUUCUCGGGAAUCACCACUUUUUUUCAGCCUCACUGGAGGAAAUGAGGGGUUUGGUAUUUUUGUGGAAGGAGUAGAACCAGGCAGCAAAGCUGCUGAAGCUGGACUUAAACGUGGUGACCAGAUAAUGGAAGUUAAUGGACAAAAUUUUGAGAACAUUACGUUGGGGAAGGCUCUUGAAAUAUUAAAGAAUAAUACUCAUCUCUCCUUGACUAUAAAGACCAACAUCUUUGUGUUUAAAGAACUAAUUAGUAGGACAAAGCAAGACAAAAAUGGUAUUCCUCAUAUUCCCAAAAUCGCUGAGAAGAAAAGUAAUCGCUACUCUAUCCCUGAUAUGCCUGGAGAUAUGGAACAGAUGUUUCCACAGGAGAAAGGAAAUAAAAAAUUGAAAGCAAACACUGUUUCAGGUGGAAGAAACAAAAUAAGGAAAAUUUUGGAUAAAACACGAUUCAGCAUAUUGCCUCCCAAGUUAUUCAGGAGACUUUUUGGUGAUGGCAAUGUGAGCCAGUCACAAGAUGACAGUGUCCUUGGAACAAGGCAGUGUAGGCAUAGUCUGGCUAUAAUGCCUAUUCCUGGAACCCUUUCCUCAAGUAGCCCAGAUCUCCUGCAGCCCACAACUAGCAUGUUGGAUUUUUCUAAUCCAACAGCUGUUGGUUUUUACUAUAUUCCGGAUCAAGUUAUAAGAGUUUUUAAAGCAGAUCAACAAAGCUGCUACAUUAUCAUCAGUAAGGACACCACAGCCAAAGAAGUCGUUUCCCAUGCAGUACACGAGUUCAGUUUAACAGGUGCUCCUGAGACAUAUUCCCUCUGUGAAGUAUCUGUUAGUCCAGAAGGUGUUAUAAAGCAGAGAAGACUUCCAGAUCAGUUCUCCAAAUUAGCAGACAGAAUUCAACUAAAUGGAAGAUACUAUCUGAAAAAUAACAUGGAAACAGAAACCUUAUGCUCGGAUGAAGAUGCCCAGGAAUUACUUAGAGAGAGUCAAAUAACCUUAUUGCAACUUAGUACCAUCGAAGUAGCAACCCAGCUGUCAAUGAGGGACUUUGAAUUGUUUCGAAAUAUUGAGCCCACUGAAUACAUUGAUGAUCUUUUUAAGUUGAACUCCAAAACAGGGAAUACUCACUUGAAAGAAUUUGAGGACAUUAUAAACCAAGAAACAUUCUGGGUUGCAACAGAAAUUUUGACAGAAUCAAAUCAGCUCAAAAGAAUGAAGAUUAUUAAGCAUUUUAUUAAAAUUGCUCUUCACUGUCGAGAAUGCAAGAACUUCAAUUCCAUGUUUGCAGUAAUAAGUGGCCUGAACCUUGCACCUGUUGCAAGACUCAGAGGUACUUGGGAGAAACUGCCAAGCAAAUAUGAAAAACACCUUCGAGAUCUGCAAGAUCUUUUUGAUCCAUCUAGAAACAUGGCAAAGUAUCGAAAUAUUCUUAGUAGUCAAAGCAUGCAACCUCCAAUUAUUCCACUCUUCCCUGUUGUCAAGAAGGAUAUUACAUUUCUACAUGAAGGAAAUGAUUCCAAGGUAGAUGGCUUAGUAAACUUUGAGAAACUAAGAAUGAUUGCCAAAGAAAUCCGUCAAGUUGUCCGAAUGACUUCUGCUAACAUGGAUCCAGCUGUAAUGUUCCGACAAAGGAAGAAGAGGUGGAGGAGUUUGGGGUCAUUGAGUCAGGGGAGCACAAAUUCAAAUAUGCUGGAUGUUCAAGGAGGUGCUCACAAAAAACGGGCUCGCCGAAGCUCACUGCUGAAUGCCAAGAAGUUGUAUGAGGAUGCUCAAAUGGCCAGGAAAGUGAAGCAGUAUCUCGCCAACCUUAAUGUGGAAACUGAUGAGGAAAAGUUCCAGAUUAUGUCCCUGCAGUGGGAGCCUGCAUAUAAUACUUUGACUAAGAAUUUAAGUGAAAGACGAUCCACAAAAUCAUCAGAAAUGUCUCCAGUACCUAUGAGGUCAGUUGGUCAAAUCACAAAAGCCCAUCUGCAUCAGCCAAACAGAGUGAGCCAAGUACUUCAAGUUCCUGCUGUUAAUUUGUACCCUAUCAGGAAAAAGGGUCCAACAAAAGAUCACAUUGCAUUUGGUACAAGUGCGCCACAGAAAAUUUUAGGAAUGUCUGAAGAAGUAAGUGGUAAGAAACUACUAUCAGAAGACACUUUAUCAAUGGCAUCAUCUUUGCAUUCUAGCCCUCCCGCAUCUCCUCAAGGUUCCCCUCGCAAAGUUGGCAGUAUCAGAUCUGACCAUGGCAGCCAGCUUCACCUUUAUGGGUCCUCCUCAUGCCUUACCAGUGAUACCAGCACCAAGACCAGUGGCCCUCGAAACUGCGGAAUAGGUUACACCCAUAUACCGUCAGCUAAAUCCGAAAACUUCUCAGACUCAAGCCAUAGUGAGAUUUCAUCAAGGUCCAGCAUCGUGAGUAACUGUUCUGUUGACUCAAUGUCUGCAGCUCUACAGGAGGAUCGGUGCUUACCCCAGUCUCUUAGCGGCAUGGACUCGGUUGGAGCAGUAGAAAAGAAGGAUCACCCUCCAGUGACAACUGACCACAACCAGCAUGUGGUUGGAUGGACACUCUCAAAGCCUUCUGUAGUCAAAGGUUUAGCUGUUUCAUCAUCUGUGAGCACUGAAGAGAUUUCUCAUGAACACAUCACCAUAGAAGCAGCUGAUAGUGGCCGUGGAAGUUGGACUUCAUGUUCAAGUAGUUCCCAUGACAACUUCCAGAAUAUUCAGAACCAGAAGAGCUGGGAUCUCCUAAACUCUUACCGACACACCCAUCUGGAUGUCCCCAUCGCUGAAGUGGAACCCACAAACUGUGAGCCUUAUUUGUAUCCAGAGGGCUACUCUCAGACAAAUAGUCAGCCUAAAGAUGGUACAGAAUGGGUCCAGUCAAGGCAAAGCUGGGCUUCCUCAAGCUCUCUCUCAGACACCUAUGAGACAAACUAUGGGACGGUGAAAAGAAGAGUGGUCGAGGAUUCCGCUGCAGAGCCAGAUGAGGCUUUGGACUCUCAUCCUAACACUGAUGCCACUUAUAAAACAGUUACAUCCAGUACAGAGAAAGGCUUGAUUGUGUACUGUGUCACCUCACCUAAGAAGGACGAUAGGUAUAGGGAGCCACCUCCCACCCCACCAGGAUACAUGGGGAUUUCUUUAGCGGACAUAAAAGAAGGACCACCCCACCACCCACACUUAAAACCUCCAGACUAUAGUGUGGCAGUACAGAGGUCAAAGAUGAUACAUAGCAACCUCUCUAGACUGUCAUCAGCCUCUCUCGUUAGUGAACCUGUGGCCUGUAUUUCAUCGAAGAUCCUAUCUCAGCCGCAGUGGCAUAAUCUGCAACCAUCCCAUCCUAAACUAGCCGAUGUGACUGAUGCAGAUAGUGAAGCAGAUGAAAAUGAGCAAGUUUCAGCAGUCUAGCCUUUGAGGAAGUCAUCUUGAAAACAAGUUCAAAUCGAAGUACUUUGGGAAGAAGGACCAUAAGAAUUCUGUUAGCCAAUGCUGACAGCUCGCUGCUACUACACUAAGUUUUUAGUGCCUGUGUUAUGACCAGUGAGGUGGAUCUGGCUGAAUUGUGCCUCUCUUGCAUGUAGUCUCAACAGCCUGUGAAAUCCAUACUUAACAUGUGACAGAGCAUCCACUCUGCAAAACUCACUGACACUGUACAUUUCUAUAAGUGUUAUAAGUGUCUGUCUACACACUAGGCCUUCAUUGGGAUAAUCAGUUAUGAGAACCACUUACAGUGUGGAAAAUCAUGUUUAGUAUUAUAUAGUAUUUCUAUGGAUUUCCCUUGAAAGUUAUUUUAAGGUAGCAUUAUGGUUUUCCAGCCAAGAAUGUUAAUUUCAUGGACCUAUUGGACAGAAUUAUUUUCAUGUCCAUAUUCAUGCACAAAGUCAAAACUUCUGCCAAAAACCAAGGACUUUGCAAUGGUGUUUGAAUCAUAAUUUAUUAACUGAGAGUUUGUGGAGUUUUCUUUAUUUGCGUUUGAGUGUUACGCUCUGGUUGGCUACUGUCUAUGUUUAGAAGGAAAUAAAAAUUUUAGACUUACAUAAACUAUUCUUAGGAUAACCAAACAAGUGUCCUUUAAAGCAAGCUUGUGUUACCCGAGGAAAAAGCCAAGGACUACAGAUUACAGCAUGGUUAUAUGCAUAACAUACUAGAAUUUAUGUAAAGUAUACGCUGAGUGGAAUGGGAAGUUUUUUGUUUGUGAACAUCGGUCAGUGAAAUGUUGCCCUUUUAUAGUCCCAGUUGAAAACUUCGGUGAAGUUGUCUUUUAAAGAAAGAAUCAAAGUAUGAAUCGAUAAGUAAAUACUUAUUAAAUGCCUACUGUGUGCCAAGCACUGAGCUGGGCUCUGGGGAUACAGAUACAAUGAAUAAAACAAUCACUAACUCUCAAGAAACUUAGGUUCUGAUGGGGGCAGAAGUCAUUACCUUGAAGUCUUAGAGACCCCUAAAUUAUUAAAAUUUAGGUGCUCAAAUGCACGAAACUCAUCUCUAUGACUAAAAUGCUUUAAGCUUUAUUAGAUAGAACUCUGCUGUUUUUGAAGGUAAAAAGCAGCCUGGCAAAUACAGGGUGGGCCAAAAGUCACGAAUAUUUAAUUCCUUUAUUUUUUGUUGUUUAUUUACAAUACCGUAGCAUCAUAUACAGUAUAUAUAGGAAAUGAAUUUACAUUA